AAAGAAAAAAAAAGGAAAAAAGGAAAAUGUCAGAGACGAAUAAAGAAAGUAAAAACUGGGGAAGGGGAAGAUGGUAUUUGCCCACAGCUCUUCUUCUAACACGCGUCAAAGAGAUCAACUGGAUUUUUUUUUUUCUCGAAUUCUGCUCACAAAUCAUUCGUAAUUCUUCCAUUGCAGUUUCUUCCGGCGAGAAUUCGCUUCCUUCUGCUACCGGAAUAACCUUCUCUUUCUUAUCCACUGCCGGAAGUUUCGUCGGAGUGGCUGAUCAGAGAACCUACUCACAGUUGCUCGAUCUCACUCUUUGGUUUCGUCUACCGGAGCUUUUGUAGCUGGAGAAACGAAUAGGAAGCUUGGGCUAGGGAAUUUCUGCUCGGGUGGCCACUACGAUACUAUGUUUGGGAUAAUACAGAAACUACAACAUGGCCCUCCACUGUUCCUCAAUUUUGUAACAUUUUCGCUUUGAUUAAAGGCAGUCAAAGUUUGGAAGAGAGAGGUUGGAAUCAUGCCCUAAUUUUUGUAGAGAAUUGUAAAAAUCAAUUAACUAUGACCACUUGUACUACUAUAUCAUCUGGAAGCGUACAUACUAUGAUAUUUUCUACAGCCCCGUGGAUUAGUGUGUAGGAACUAAAAGUUCAUUUCGGAAGUUAGAGUGACAUGGUUUCCUUCUAUUCCAACAGAAACAAAUUACUUUGAGGAAUAGGUGAAAUUGACAUGCUGGAUGUUGCUACCGGUUGGUGGAUUAGGCAUGAAUACCUCAAUGGAUGAUAUGAACUUGAUUCAGCAGGCACAGAGGCAUCACUUGGUAGUUCGAGAGCUUGGAGAAGAGAUUGAUUUGGAAAUUGGACCUGGAGAUGACGACCCCUCAUUUGCUAGCACUCCUAUAAUAGGUGGACCAGCACGAGAACCAUCUGCAGAAGAUCAUGAUGAGAGUAAGCAUGUGGUAUUGAUUUCUCAACUUUCCAAUGAUGAUCAAGAUAUGUCAAAGACACAACCAGCCAAAAGGAAAAAGAAGGUUGUGAAAAGAUGGAGGGAGGAAUGGGCUGAUACAUAUAAAUGGGCUUAUGUUGAUGUGAAGGAUGGAACUGCCAGGAUCUUUUGUUCUGUUUGUAAGGAGUAUGGCCGGAAGCACAGGAGAAAUCCUUAUGGAAAUGAAGGCAGCCGAAACAUGCAGAUGAGUGCACUUGAAGAACACAACAACAGUCUACUUCAUAAAGAGGCUCUUCGGCUUCAGAUGGCCUCCAAGGACAAGAUUAUUGUUGAUAAACCUAUUUAUGUAAAAGCUCUCAUGUCAAAAACUGCUGGAUCGAUCAUUGAAGCUGCACUAAAAAGGGAUCCUCAUGAAGUUGAGUUCAUACAAGCAGUACAAGAAGCAGUACAUGCCUUAGAAAGGGUUAUUGCAAAAAAUGCUCACUAUGUCAACAUUAUGGAGCGCUUAUUAGAACCUGAACGCAUGGUUCUUUUCCGAGUUCCAUGGGUCGAUGACAGAGGUGAGACACAUGUCAAUCGAGGCUUUCGAGUUCAAUUUAACCAGGCUUUGGGCCCUUGUAGGGGUGGUCUUCGUUUUCAUCCAUUGAUGAACUUAAGCAUCGCCAAGUUUCUUGGUUUUGAACAGACUUUAAAAAAUGCAUUAUCACCCUACAAAUUAGGAGGGGCAGCAGGUGGAAGUGAUUUUGAUCCAAGGGGAAAAAGUGAUAAUGAGGACCUUCCUUCUGAGGAGAUGGGUGUUGGUACGCGAGAAAUGGGAUAUCUUUUUGGACAAUAUCGACGGUUAGCAGGUCAUUUUGAGGGAAGUUUUACAGGACCGAGGAUAUUUUGGUCUGGGUCUAGCCUCCGAACAGAAGCUACUGGAUAUGGUCUGGUUUUCUUUGCACAGCUUAUACUUGCAGACAUGAAUAAAGAACUCAAAGGAUUAAGAUGUGUUGUAAGCGGUUCUGGGAAGAUUGCGAUGCAUGUCCUUGAAAAGCUUAUUGCUUAUGGUGCCCUCCCCAUUACUGUCUCAGAUUCAAAGGGAUAUUUAGUGGAUGAAGAUGGAUUCGACUACGUGAAGAUAUCCUUUUUGAGAGACAUCAAGGCUCAGCAGAGAAGUUUAAGGGACUAUUCAAAGACUUAUGCUCGAUCUAAGUAUUAUGAUGAAGCUAAACCUUGGAAUGAAAGGUGUGAUGUUGCGUUUCCUUGUGCUUACCAUAAUGAAAUUGAUCAAGCCGAUGCCAUAAACCUGAUUAAUUCUGGCUGUCGUAUUCUAAUAGAAGGUUCAAAUAUGCCCUGUACUCCUGAGGCUGUUGAUGUGCUAAGAAAAGCUAAUAUUCUCAUUGCUCCUGCAAUGGCUGCAGGUGCUGGAGGGGUUGUUGCUGGAGAACUUGAAUUAAACCAUGCAUGUAAUUUGAUGCAUUGGUCUCCGGAGGACUUCGAAUCUAAACUGCAGGAAGCUAUGAAACAGACUUAUCAGAGGGCCCUCAAAGCAGCAGCUGAUUUUGGUUACCAAAAAGAGAGUCCCGAGGCUCUUGUUCACGGAGCAGUCAUUUCUGCUUUUCUGAGUGUUGCUCAAGCUAUGACUGAUCAAGGUUGUGUAUAAUAGACAUUGAGCACAGUACGAGAGGUUGCAAAAGUUGCUCUUAUCUGUGUCAAAUACAAAAAAGUCCUGCAAAAGGGCCCUCGUUGGCGAGCUAUGUAAAGUGAAUUACAAGAUCAGGUCGGUUGAACCAAUGCCCAGAAACUGAAAUAUACAACAUUUUCUGCGCCAUACACACACCAUCCAUGCCAUAACUGGGAUCUCAGAAGGUUCGAAAUGUUUAAAUCAAAUAUUCUAACUUGUUGUAAAUUAGUGGCUAUUGCAGAUUAGCAUAGGAAAAGGGCCUCAAGAUUUCUGAACUGGAAUGUGUGCUUUUCAUUUGGCCUGUUAUACUGCCAACAUAUGCGGUUCUUACUCUCUUGUAAUACACAGAGAUUGGAAAUAAAAAUUUGUUCAUCUUUCCAUUGAA